AUGGAGGCCCCUCCAGGAAUGAACCCGGACGAGUCGCGGGCACAGAUGGUCAUUGGCGUCGCGUGCUUUGUGCUUUCAGUUGCCUUCCUGGCUGUGUCAAUACGAGUAUACACCAGAGUCUUAGUCAUAAGACAGUUUGGCAUAGAUGACUGGGCAUCUGUUUUUGCUUUCUUAUUGGUUCUUGGAUGCGGCUUGGCUGUCGCACUAAACACUAGAAAUGGUCUCGGUCGCCAUGUCUACUUUCUUACCUCUGAGCAAAUCCAGGCCUAUAACAUGACAUUCUACGUCACCAUUGUGUUUUACAAUGCAGCACUGUCCGGCAUCAAGAUGACUUUCCUCUUCCAAUACUACCGAGUCCUAGCGGUCCAGAAGAUGAAAAAGGUCUUCCUUGCGGCAAUGGUAAUAGUUGGCGCAUGGAGCAUUUCGCAGAUUCUUGUCGAGAUCUUCAUCUGUACCCCUAUUGCGGCCGGAUGGGACAAGAGCAUUAAGGGCUCAUGCAUACCGAACUAUCCCCAGUGGUACAUCAACGCGGCAGGCAACAUCAUCACCGACAUCAUCGUCUUUGUGCUGCCGCUCCCGGUGAUCAACCGACUGAACCUAGCCCGAGGCCAGAAAUACGUUCUGCUUGGCAUCUUCUGUCUGGGAUUCUUCACAUGCACUAUAUCGUUCAUUAGAAUCCGAUUUCUCAAACUCGAAGAAGACUUCACGUGGCAAAAUGUCGAAACCGCCUGCUGGUCCAUCGGCGAGCUCAGCUGUGGCCUGGUCUGCGCUUGUCUCCCGACUUUCCGACCUCUAGUCUCUCGAUUCAUCCCAGCACUCUCGAGUAACAAAAACAAGUCCUCCAAGUAUCGCAUGAACGGAGACUACUCUGAGAACACAGCAAAUACCUCACGUCACCGCAACGCCGAGCUCGGUGUUACACUAGGCAACCCGAACAAUUACUACGCCCGACACUCGAAGCGACGAACCGGCUCAUCUGAUAGCAAAGCGGAUCUUUAUGACAUCGCAAGCUACGAUUUGAGCCACUCUGACGCGAGCCGCCAAGGGGGACUGCCUAUCCAAGGCCAGAGAGAAAGCCCGGAUUUCAUCAGCCACGCGGAUCAAAUGCAGUCUUCACUACGGCAACAGGAAUCUAUCGAGUUGGGCGGGUAUAGACCGAAUCAUCACGCUAUUGUCGAAACGCGAAUCGAAGCGGGAAGGAGAGUCUCUGCUGACGAGAUCAGGCUACAACCUGGAGCGCCUAUAGAAGUCAAGUGCGACAUUGUGCAGAUUUCGUCUCAAAAGGUGGAGGCAAGGGGGUUCCCAUGA